AGAAAGUGCCUAACCCAACUUAAACAAAAAGUGUUCACCCUUCAAUUAUAUUAAUUAAAACAAAGGAUACAACUAUACAAUUUCACUACACAAUAUUGGUAGUAAACUCUCGAGAAGGUUAUAAUACAUUUGUUCAUGUAAACUUGCAUGAAUUUGACUUGCAAGACCCACACCAGUUAUGCCAAGACAUUUUCUGUGAUAUUAAGUUGGCACAGCUACCCUGGAACAAAACACACGAUCCAUCAAUCACCAAUCCCCAUCACCACCAGAACAACUGGUAGCCAUUGGAGCUGUUCCCCGGUGGAACAACAUCCAAACCGCACUUAUGGAUAGUGAACAAAUAAGAAGAUCACAGAUCGAGAUACCCUUACCCUCCAAACCCCCACCCUACAGGCCUGGCGACGGUCCACCAUUAGCGCCUCUCAGAAUCCAGCCCGAACAUGAUACAGACGCGUUUAUAGUUGACAAGCGUGUUCUUCCAGGCACCGCCCCAAAUGGUGAGCUGAAGCUUCACAUGUACUAUGUAGUAGGUUGGCCAGAUCUACCUGCCGCCCGCGUCUCUAUCCUCGCGACCCAGAUAUACGACUACGUCUCACCUCGGGCUGUGGAAGACUUCGAAUACAAAGCACUACUUGAAAGAGACGAGGAGGAUGAAAGACUUGAAGCGGAAAUGAGGAGAAAGAUGGAAAUAGCAGCAAAGAAUAAAAUAAUGACUUCUACUUCAACAGCACCGGGGACUCCAAACGCACCUAGUCAGAAAAGACGUGGUCGACCAAGCAAAGCCGAUCUCCAGUCGCGUCAGCUGGCACAGCAGGCAAAGGCAAGUCUUAGCACUUCGCAGAAUAUCGAGGUGGCGCUUCCCCUAGCCAGUACAUCCGGACCGUCACUCUCUACACCGAAAAAAAAGCCGGCUGGAGAGAUUGCGACCGAUAUAGAGGAGGAUAUCGAUGAGGUGGAUCAGGAGGAUGCAAUAUACAGACAACUAUGUGGGUACAAUGAUGGCUCUUUUGAGGAUAUGGACAUAGAAGACGACAAGGGGGAGGGAGAUAUACCACUAGAUAAUAUCCCCGAAACCGUGUCGUUGGGUUCCGAAUUCAGAUCGUAUGCUAGAACACUCUGGCUAAACAAGGAUUCGACGUUGUUCAAGCGCACUAAUGGUAGUCUUACAUUGAAGUCAUCGACAAGCCAUGUCCCCGUACCCGAAGUACCCCGAUCCAAUAGACAGCUCCCACCGCAAUCCUCACCCACACAAACCGACAGCCAUCCCCGCGUAACACCCGUCCCGAUCCCUCUACCAUUUAAUAUAAACAAAAGCAUGAUUUCAUCGCAAAUAUCCGGCGCAAAGUACUCUACGACGCCAGUUCCGGUUCCCACACCGCUGAAGUCGAACAAAGAAGUACCGCAACCAAAACCCGAUACUAAGCAUCCUGUUACUCCGGUCCCAGUCCCGGUCCCUUCAUGGCCACGCUCAACGAAUAGGAAAGGAGAUAGUUCUACUCAAGCUCCUCUCCCACAGCUUGCAACAGCUUCGCCGCAGUAUCGCGGCUUCACACCCGCAGGGCGAAGUUCUGGCAAGUGGCCAUCGGCACAACCCCAUUCACCAAAUGAUAUACCUUCCCAGACAUCUCCACUUAAUGAGAAAAAUAGCGGUACAAAUCGUAAAGAAUCCACACAUUUGAAGAAGUCGCCUAAACCAAAGCCUACGCCUCAACAGCUGGAGGAACAACCUCAAGUAUGGGUGGUAGAGCGACUAGAAGGUGACAAGAUGAUAAAUGUCGAUGGCAAACACGUGCGGUACUUCAAGGUACGCUGGGAGGGUGAUUGGCCACCGGAUCAAAACCCAACCUGGGAGCCCGAAGAGAAUAUAACGCCCGCGCUCGUAAAACUGUAUCUGAAGAAGAAAGCCGCCCGCCACACACCAGCGUCUCCGAAAAAGAAGAAUAGCAAUAAUGUCCCUAGCAACAUGCCGUCAUUCCGCCAACCAACUCUCAAGAGAAAGUAUUCGAGCGUGGCGGAAGCGUUUGCAGGAGAAGGGGAGGAUCUAGGGGAGGUAGGGAUUAGCGCGGGCCAGAGUGAUAAAUCGUAUACCAGCCAGGGAGGCGACUAUGAUAACGCUGAUGAAGAUGAUGGGGAAGAGGAAAUGCUCGUCGUGGCAGCAGAGCAGGAGGCGAGCCCUAGUAGGCGGGAUCCCAGACUAAGACCGAAGCCCGAAGAGUUAGGUGCGGCCUUUAUGAGAGAUCUCGCCGCAGCUAUUCGUCUCAGCAACGAAAACGGGAGUUUACACUGACCUCGGCCAGGGUCGGAGUACGGCUUCUAACUUUUUGAGUCAUUUAAUAAUCGAUGCAGCUAUCUGCUUGACAGCAAAGGAGGUAAUGAGUAUAAGGGGCUAGAGAGCUGGUAAACUUACAAAAGUAUGAGCACUAAUAUCUCGCCUACAUGUGUACCUACCUACCUAGCCCAAGCUGCAACUUGCAUACCCCUAGAUACCCAAGGCACCUAAGUACCAAUAUAUUCUCCAAGGGAUCGCUCUAAUUCGAGUAGCCAUCCAGCAUACCGCUACAUUAAUACUAGUAAAUUAUCAUAAAA